AUGUACUGCCUUCAGUGGUUGCUCCCAGUCCUCCUCAUCCCGAAACCCCUGAAUCCGGCCUUAUGGUUCAAUCACUCAAUGUUCAUGGGCUUCUACCUGCUCAGCUUCCUUCUGGAGAGGAAGCCGUGUACCAUUUGUGCCUUAGUGUUCCUGGCAGCACUGUUUCUCAUCUGCUACAGCUGCUGGGGGAACUGUUUUCUGUACCACUGCCAUGACUCCACACUGCCAGACUCUGCACACGACCCCAGCAUCGUGGGCACCUAA